GCACUACCCUUAAAAACUCCAAAGGGCAACUCAUCCUCGACCCUGUUACUGCGGCUCCUACCAACACCAACAUAACAGUGUCCCAGUGCCUCUUGAGUGCCACACACUCAUUUCACAGUCGAAAAAUCGUCUGUUUACGGAACGCGACGGCAACACACGGACAUGUUAUUCGUUAUCUAGAGGCUCGAGAUAUUUCAUGGCGGGCUGAAACUAAGAACUCGUAUCUUAUCUCCCGGAGGAGGGGUAAAAAAUUAAAUGAGGCUUAUAGACUUCGUCCGUGUUUAGUGAGAGUCUGGGAAGAGGAGAGCGUUGAGAGGUAUUGUGACUAACUACACACUACACAGUACACAGUUCGCUGUUCAGAGGAGAGCGAUGUCACUCGAUAUCAACAUCGUGGUUUUAGGUGGCUGUGGCUUCCUGGGACAACACGUUGUAGCAGAGCUCCUGACGGAGAAGGAGAGGCUGACUAAGGAACCCAGGAACGGAACAGAGAAGGGAGAGAAACCGUGGUCCAUCCAAGGCAUCAAAGUGUUGGAUGUCAAGGCGCAUAACGAGGACCUGUUAACAGCCCAAAGGCAAGACGCCCAGUGUGUGACCUACGAAACCUGUGACAUCAGAGACUUCGGUGACCUGAAGGAGAAGCUCAGAGGGGCUUCGGUUGUGGUCAACUGCGCCGUUGUCUCUCCGAACUUCCUCAAGGAGGACCUGGGAUGUGGAGAGCACAUGCGUCGUGUCAAUGUUGAGGGUACCAAGAACAUCGUCAAAGCCUGUCAGGAGCUCGGGGUCCUGGCCCUGGUCCACACCAGCUCCACGUGCGUCAAGAUGGGCGGGAAGCGCCUCAUCGAACACACGGAGAGCCUUUCUCCCGAGGUGUCCGAGGACGACCUUGUCCUCGGGGAUUACGCUCGAGGACGCCUCGAGGCCGAGCGGGUGGUCCUCGAAGCGAGCGGGACUGUGUCCCCUAACGGCACGAAAUUGAGGACCAUAGCGCUCAGGCCACCGAUCAUCUACGGUGAGGGGGACACUAGUUUCGUGCCCUUAAUCUACACCCUGGCGAAGACUGCGGGCAACAAGUUGCCUUCCAUCGGCAGUCCUGGAGCUUUCACGCAAGCAGCCUAUGCUGGCAACGUGGCAGUAGCCUACGCCCGCGCCAUCAACCACCUCUUGACAGACGAAGGCAGGUCAGAGCUACAUACCUGCAACGGCCUGCCUGUCUACAUCACAGACGACACGCCCCCAAACAACCUCGUCGACCUGGCCAGCCCAUUCCUGGAGCACGCCCAUCUCCAACCUUCCUCCAGGGACUCGUACUGGGCCAUUUCUCUCUCCCUCUAUUGGGCCGAUCUGGUCGACGGCCUUAAGACGAGAAUGGGAUUGACCGCGGGCGGGCAGGGACAGGCGUUGCCCAUUUGGACUCUCCACCAAUUUGCCCGGACCAUUUCGGUCGUCAGUCGGAUGAGGGCCGAAUUAUGUCUCGGGUACUCGCCUGCCUACUCGUGGGAGCAAUCUCUGAAGAGGUCCAACUUGUACUACAGUCGCUACCUGAACUGAAAGAAGUAUAAAUGUUAGUGUUGUAAGGUUGGGUUGAAUGAAAUGUCGGAUGUAUCUUAGGUUUCAUAGGUGGUUAAACAAUCAUUUGCUAUAGUCAUUAACGCUUUGAUUAGGUAAAAAGAAAAUGUUACUGUUAAGGCCUGUCCACACGACCGGGCCUGAUCGGUGUGCUCCAGGGUUGACGGGCAAAUUCUGGCGGACUUAUCCGUGAAUGUUGUCCACACGGGUGAGGCGAUGGAGGAGAGGUGGGCGUGCCCGACGAUGCCAGUAGUGUGUUCAGUGCGGUACGAUAAACAUGGUGCCUACCGCAAAGAAGAAGAUAGUGUAGCAUGAUAAUUGCUUUGUGCGUGAUGAAAAAGAAAAGAAUAUGGUGCAAAUAAUGGCUCAGUAAAAGAAAUGUAUAUGGUUCACGUACGUCUGCCAGGGUCGAAGCUCAAGCCAUCGGGUACCACCAUGGUGAUUUUGCUACAAGACCCAUCGGGCAAUUUGACGGUUUGCCCGUCAAGUGUGCCCGUUAGAGGGGAAGUCCGCCGAUCAGGCCCGAUCGUGUGGACAGGCCUUUAGGAGACUGAACGGUGCUUUUUUGGCUUAUCUACGCGUCACCUAGUCAGAGGUGCUAGUACUAAACAGGGCGGAGGCUCCUUGGGGCACCGUGUUUAGUACUAAUCCCUCGGGGAUCAAAGUAUUAUAUACACCCAUUUGUAUACUGUGUGGUUGAGAAAUUAUAUCAAUAAACGAUAUUUAGUAACAAAUGCUACGUCCAAUGGAGCUCCCGCCAUGUUUAGUACUAGUAUCUCAUAGUAGGUGAUGCGCAGAUGAGCCAAAGUAGAACCGACUGUAGUACUACUUUAUCUAUCAACGCGGAAUAAAGACAAUAAUUCAUUAAAAUAUGGGGAAUUUGGCAAACGUGCAUUUCUGAAUCGCAGCUGAAUAUCAAAAUAUAUUUAAAGAAUAAAAAUUGUUUUCUGGAACUAAUCAUCCCUAGUUCUAUAGGUUUGUUGUAUAGCUUUAUCCAAUAUAUUACCUUAUUUAGAAAGGAGCGUUGCACAGCUAAGCUUUCAGCGGAUCUUUCCUAGUUAGUGACCCCCACGAGUUUUAACCUUGUCUGUGUCCACCCUUGCGAGGUGUUUAGUACAUGCCAGUUGGGGAUUACCGUACAAACAAACAAAACACACUUAAAUGGAAAGACAUUGACCUACUAAAAAUACGUCCUAGACAGCUGCCCUCUUGAGGGUCACUAUCUACUCAAGUGCCCCUCCAGCGAAGCCUGGGAACUUCCUGGACUCUUGGUUCAAUUUUCUUGGCAUUUCGACGCAUCAUGAAACAGUCAAGUGUAUCAAGUUCAGCUUAAUGUCCAGCAAAACCCAAAUUUAAAGAAAAUGAUUGAUGCUUCCAAAUUACUUUUAAAUAAUUACACUAUCCCUCUAUUCUGUGGUUUUGAUUCCAGCUACUGUCCCUCUCAAGAACUGCAGCCCUGUAUAAAAGAAACUAAACUACAAAAUAGUAAUUGGCCUUCAGUAAUGCAGAUAUUUACUACUUAAGUACAGACAGUCAUUCACGCGCGAAACGAUGUUUUCUGUUAAAACUUUAAUUCCAGGACCACACGAAGUCAGGACUAGUAAAGAAUCUUCUGACAGAGUGAAAGAAGAGAUCAAAUGGAGAAAUUAAUAUAUAGAUAGGUUAGAAUCACAUUUUAAAUUUUGCUCUAACCAUGAUUUUAAUUUUAAUCUGUCGUCACUCUAGAUCAGUAGUAUUGUUAUUAGGAUUCUACCUAUGUAGAUUAAAUACCAGAUAUGUAAUGAAGAUAGACAUCAUGAAGACUGCUGCGAAUACGUAGUUGAUCAUUCUCCAAAUUUAAGUUUUGUGAAAAUUAUUUAAUUGUAUAGAGACAAUCCAAACCAUUAUCUUACUGUAGGCAUUAAGCGUGUUUACAGUAUCCCUUCGGCUCCUAACUGCAACCUUUUUUUGUUUUACUGUACCUCCUUUCGUAUCCUCUUUCUGACUGACCACUCUAUAGCAAUGGCUUUAUAUUGCAACUGCGGGGUUUUCCUCCUCUUACACAUUUCAAACCUUUUCCUUUCAAUUCAGUCUAUCUGCUGUUUUGGCUGAAGGAAUUGCACUUUAUUACUCAUUGCUGCAGAAUCUAGGUAUGUUCAAAUACACGUCCUUCUGUCAGUUGUCACUUGCAAAGCCCUCUUCUUCUCAAGGCCAGAUCAUUUAAAAAAAAUAAAUAAAUAAAUAAAUCAAUAAAAAGGGGUCUUUAGAAAAAGGCUUUAGGCUGAAAGUAAGAAGAGCCUCGCAAAACUCCGAUUUUAUUAUGCAAAGGUCCGUUUUUAAACGGAUUGAUUGUCCUUUUCGAUAGUUUUCAUUCACAGUAUACUCUGCUUCUUUAUUGGUGUUGCAAAUAGUUGUAAUAUGUUUGGAAGCAUACAGAACAACUAAAGGGGCUUAACAUAUUAAGUGUGACUACCUGUUACUUCAGGAGUAAAUAACCAAUUUUCUGAAGUUUAAUUUGUCUAGUAAUUAAAAAUCACAAUUUUAGGCCAACAUUGAUAACACUAAGUGUCAUUUCGCUUGCAUUGUUUCAUGUCAUACCAGUAACUUUAAAAUUUUGAGCUUUGUAAGAAUACGCAAUUAAGUUACUCCAUACUUAACAUUGAAGCUUUAGAAAGCCUUUAGACAGAUUAACAUCAAAAUACAGUACAACAGCAUAUACAAAUAACACCAGGAAGCUUCCCAAGUCACAAAAUGAAAGGUCCCAUACCACCACUUUCAGGAACGGCUUUCAUACCCAAUUCUUAAUUCGGUAUUACUGACAGUAUCAGAUACUCUGGCAAAACCUUGUGUACUUCAACAUUCAGGGUGUUAGUUCAACAAACAUCUGAUUGAAACUUACAAAUACUCUACGACAACAAAAAAAAGUUACAGAAGGGAAGCAAGAUCUCAAAAAUUUAGGGUUAACGAAACUGAGGUAAUUUUUAUUUUCAUUAAUAGGUUGGACUUUACAUAUUCGCAACAUUCUUUUAUCUCUGUUACAUUCUUAACAGGAACAAAAAAUCUAUCAGUUGUCAGUAUACAUUCUAUGGUCAUACAUAUCAGCUUGAACACAAAGCUUACUUUCCCAAAUGAAAAAUUGAAGACAAAAGUUCUUACUACAUGGGAAACUAACACUUUCGCCAACAUAUGCCUACAUCAACUAACAGUUGAGAAUUCUUGGAUUCACUUAUUAAAAAGUUAUAGCAGCCUCACACUAAAGUGAAAAGUACCUCAACAAAGACUUUUCUUAUUUAGUAAACAUACGCAAAACCAAUUAAAAUUCUUCACAACUUAAAAUAAAGUCUGUUUUAAAGUAGCAUCAAAUUGCCACCGAGCUAUAUAAAUAUAUAUAUAUAUAUAUAUAGUCAGACUUGAGUACACUAUCUGGACUACACCUAACCUGCCUACUCAUUUCAACUUUCGGCAGUUCGCUAAAAUAUCCGCCUAAAAUGCCUACACACUUCUGUUUUCGGCAGUCCCCAAUCCCUGUAUUAAUCCUGCGAUGUUCAAUGCAAUCGCUAAUAAAAAAAAAACAGCUGGAAGAGAAAAAUCCAAUAACAACAUGGCAGUAAAAUUGUAACAUUUCCAAUAAAAUAGUGUAUAGCUAGUAAGGAUUCCUUAAACAUUAAGUUUUAACUAAAGAUAACCAAUAAAGUCCGGUUCAUUUGAGACUUCUUAAGUGACUAGUGUCAUUGCGUUGCGUUCAACAUAAUCUUGAAACUGACUAGCCUUUUUAUUAUUAAUAAACUAGAUGCUACUGCCUUGCGCAAUUAAUUCAAGCCUGAGCGCUAGUGGAACUACCUACUCAUUUCAACUUUGGGAUAGAACCACUAUUGGAAUGUUAAUAUCUUGGAUGGUCAACACUACAUCUAUCAACUAAAGCUAAACUAAGAAGCUAGUCAAAAUCGACAAAGUCGGUUAAGCUGCAAAAUUUGAAGAACCUCCAUUCUGGAAAUUUACAAUACUGAUUUACAUUUUCUUCGUAACAAGACGUUCGUCAGUUCGGUAGUACUAAGCAGGUAAGAAUUAAAAUAGUCUCGUCCAACCAAAUGGAGGAAAUGCUCAACGGAGAUGUCCCAAUGGAGGAUCAAACUUCCCCUCCAUCCAUUACGUCAAGAGGACAGACCUGCAAGGAAAAAAAUCCUUGUAAAAAAAAAUUUAACUAAAAAGGUACAAAACUACAAGCACUCCCACAGACGAAGUAUAUUAGAAAUAACCAUGUAAAUGAAAAGCUUAAAUGUGUGCUACCACAAAUGUCGAAAUAGAAUACCACACACACACACACAAAAUCGAAACAAACUAAUUUGACGCUAAUAAUAAUAUGAACGUUACUUACUAACAGCCAAAAUUUAUUGACACUCCUGUUGAAACAAUCUUCGAGUUACAAAAUGUAAAUAAAACACAAACAUACAAGUUACCUCACACAUUCGCCAAUAAAACAUAUUAGCCAAUAAAUUAAAUAUAGACAAUGCACUUACCUGUGGAGCCCAAACCACAGUUUUCCUUCUAUUUCAGACUGUCUCAUUUAAAUCCCCAAUACCCAACACAACUUCGUGAGUUGGACGCAAGGACUAUAAAACUCAAAUUAUAUAUAAUAUUUGCCAACAGAUGUCACUACGGUAAUCUAUAUAUGUCCUUGCCCUUUUUUUGAUGGCUGCAACGCUAUUUAUUCACCAAAAUUAAGACAUAUGGAAAGUACUUUUCAAUUCGAAAUUGAAAUACGAAUUUUAGUAAUGUGUAUAGAUUACCGGAAUGAAUAAUGAGAGCAUACAAAUAAUGAUUGCGUAUGAAUUUUGAUAUAUGGGUCGACAUGAAUAGUAUUUCCGUCAAAGUAACUGAUGAAAACGCAUCAUAAUGAAUGACUUGUUAAAAUCUCUAAGAACUAACGAAGGGACAAAUUUAGGAUACUCACCAUGAAUACAUAUAAUAGCUGAGCUUAUGUUCAAGUUAAAAACAGUAACGAAAGGUUAUUCAUCCAAAUCUCAAACCCUUAUCUCUCAGCGUCCCAUUUCCUGACUUUUCGACUCUCAAGAAGCACCGUGAAUAGUAACAUGAUGCCAGGUUCAUGAUAAAUAACGAUUAAAAUUACGUGUUCAUUGCCAGACAGAUGACAGCAAAAUCUAGUUUAUCUAGAUCUUGGAUGACAGCCGGACCAGUUACCGAUAAAGUUCGUUCACUUGGCAAAAUGCCAAUCGAUUGAUCUUCAUUGGGCGUCAUGAGCACCAGCUGUGUUAAGCCUGUCAUGGUCUAUAGCUAACGCGAGAUAGAGGCGUCAUUUGACUCAUUUAACUAAAUAAAACACACGUAACUCUGUCGUAUCCUUAUAGAACAUCCGGGAGAUGUCUAAUGAGCUUUAUACAGUAUAUCUCCGCCAAAGGCUUCCGUGCAGGUGUGCAUAGGUCUAGCAAAGGUCCGCACAAGUGUGCGUGAUUGCUGGUGGUGCGAAUAGCUUUAAUUUCAAGGCAUUCGCUGGUCUGCUUCCACAAGGAAAAGACGAUUCUUGAGCCGUCUAUUCAACCGAGAGUGAACAUGCCACUGCACAAGAACAUCGCCGCUGUUUUCCUCAUUGGAGUCUUGGUGCCUAUAAUCAUUACCAAGGUUCUGGGAGAGAAUGAAUUAGGAAUUGACAAAGGCACUGUCGGAAGCUAUUCAUCAGUGGGGCUGAUGUUCGCCAAGUCCCGAAAUUAUGGGGGUGAAAUGGAGGAGUUAUUUAGUAUCCCACUGAGAGAGAAGAUGAGAAUGAAGGAACUGGAUUUAAAAUAAUGGUCAUGUUUUGAGGACUUUGAAGCACGAAAUAACGAAACAGAAUGUGAAAUCUGAAGCUGUAGUUUGGUUCAAUAAUUAUUCGUGUACAGAUGACCUACAUUUAUUCGUACAACGUCUGCAAACUGGACCUAUAUACUACGAAUUCGAUUAAAAAGCAAAGCAUU